ACAGCCACAGAGAGAAACAAAAUCAAUUAUUUCAUAGUAUGUGCAAGCUUCAAACAAAUCGAAGAAAGAAAGAAAAAAAAGAAAAAAGGAAAAAAGAUGUCUUACACCUAUUUCUUUUUUGUUUUCAUAUUCUCAUCAGUCCUCACAAUUUGCGCUCAAAACCAUACUUAUGUAUACCAUGACUGUCCGAACACUACAACUUAUGCAAGCAACAGCACUUACUCCACCAAUCUCAGAACCGUUUUGACUUCUCUCUCUUCCCGCAACGCCUCAUACUCCACCGGAUUCCAAACCGCCGCAUCGGGACAAGCCCCCAACAGAGUCACCGGACUUUUCCUCUGCCGUGGAGACCUCUCGCCGGAAGUUUGCCGUAGCUGCGUCGCCUUCUCCGUCAACGACUCACUCAGUCGUUGUCCGAAUGAGAGAGAAGCCGUGCUUUAUUAUGACGAGUGUAUGCUCAGAUACUCUCACCGGACUAUUCUCUCGACCCUUUCAAGAAACGGUGAAGCUGUCUUUAGGAAUGACACGAUGAUUCCAUCUAACCAGUUAGAACGGUUCAGUAAUGUGCUAAUGUCCAACCUGACCCAAGCCGUAACUGACGCGGUGACAAGUCCUAGAAAAUUCGGUGCGAGAAAAGCCAAGUUCACAGCAUCUCAGACUGUUUACUUACUGGUUCAGUGCACUCCUGAUCUGACCGAUCAAGAUUGCUCGACGUGUCUGCAAAUAUCCUUCAAUCAGUUACCUCUAGACAAGAUUGGAGGACGUUUUAUUUUGCCGAGUUGUAAUUCAAGAUUCGAGACUUAUCCGUUCUACAACCAAACCGCCGUCAAAGCCCUGCCACCGCCACCGGUUUCAGCUCCUGAACGACCUGGGAAAGGUGGGAAAGCAAACGUGUCAGCGGUAGCCAUUGUUGUACCAGUAAUAGUGGUUGUUCUGCUUUUGAUAGCUGGUUAUUGUUUCUUUGCAAAGAAGAAGAAGAAGGCUUAUGAUACAGCACCUUCAAUUGAUGGAGAUGAAAUAUCAAGCGCAGACUCGCUUCAACUGGAUUAUAGGAUGAUUCAAGCUGCAACAAAUGAUUUUUCAGAGAGUAACAAUAUUGGUCGAGGUGGUUUCGGCGAGGUUUACAAGGGUACAUUUCCGAAUGGGACUGAAGUUGCGGUAAAGAGAUUGUCGAAAUCUUCUGGACAAGGUGACGCAGAGUUUAAGAACGAGGUUGCAGUUGUUGCAAAGCUUCAGCAUAGAAAUCUGGCUAGGCUUCUUGGAUUUUGUAUAGAAGGAAAAGAAAGGAUACUGGUCUAUGAGUAUGUGCCUAACAAAAGUCUUGACUACUUCCUCUUUGACCCUGCUAAGGAAGGCCAGCUGGACUGGAGUCACCGGUACAAGAUCAUUGGUGGAAUUGCUAGAGGGAUUAUAUAUCUUCAUCAAGAUUCGCGACUCACAAUCAUACACCGUGACCUCAAAGCGAGUAACAUUCUUCUUGAUGCGGAUAUGAAUCCGAAAGUUGCUGAUUUUGGAAUGGCAAGGAUCUUUGGAAUGAACCAAACCGAGGAGAGUACAAGGAGAAUAGUUGGGACUUACGGUUACAUGUCUCCUGAAUAUGCGAUGCGUGGCCAGUACUCAAUGAAAUCCGAUGUCUAUAGCUUUGGAGUGUUAGUUCUUGAGAUUAUAAGCGGCAAGAAAAACAGCAGCUUCUUCGAGACAGACGGAGCACGAGACUUGGUCACAUACGCAUGGAGGCUCUGGAGGAACCAGACACCAUUAGAUCUGGUGGCUCCGGUUAUGAGACAUAAUUGCCAAAUGAAUAAAGUGGUUCGAUGCGUCCAUAUCGGUCUUUUAUGUGUUCAAGAAGAUCCUGCGGACCGUCCAACUUUAUCAACCAUUGUUAUGAUGCUGAGUAGUAACACUGUGACUUUACCAGUGCCUAAGCAACCAAAAUUUUUCGCUCAGAGUAGACCUAAAAAAGACCUGCUUGAUUCAGAACAAUCUACUAAAAGCAACUCUGUCCCUUGGUCGAUUGACGACGCAUCAAUCACUGAAUUAUAUCCUCGUUGAAAAUGAAAUGCCUAUAGCAACAUGUGUUAUUGGAGGUAAUUUUAAAUCUUCUUUAGAUGUAGAAAUGUUUUAUAUAUAUUAAGACAAUGUUUGGAAUAUAUUUAUGUUCUUAUUAA